AUGGCGAACAACGAGGUGCCCGAAGAGCCGCUUGUGCCUCCUGUACUGGACGCAGCUGAGCUGAUUGGGAAUUCGAGCGCUGAUUUCCCUGUCAUCGAGGCGGAGCCAGAAGAAGAGCUCAACCUGCCUCUCGACACCGCCGAACAGCAGCGCAUACUGCUCCAACAACAAGACGAAAACCAACCCCAAGCCGGGCCUCCCCUUACGCUGCCAGCACGCCCCGGUCUGCAACACGGCAACUCGGUUCCUACGCCCGCACCGAACCUUCCUCCUCCUGCACCGCCUGCACCAUCGCUGGCGCAAUUGCAGAACCUCGUGAGGGGUAUACCAAAGGUCGAGCCUGCUCCGUAUGCCUUCACAUAUGAUGACGCAUCAUCUUUCGAAGAGGAGCUAGAAGAGUGGUUUUCGUAUGCAGUCGAGGAGCAGGCUAUGUUGCUGAAGACACAGGCGUCCUACUCGUUGGAGUGGAGCGCAUUUCAUGGGUUGAACGAUGCAUCCAACGGCGAGGACGGCCUGGACUGGGCUACGGCGACAACAACACAACACGAGGACUUUGUGCAGGAUCUGUUACGAGGACUGAAGGAGGUGGAUCCUGUAUUGAGGCUAAAGAAGCUUGAGGCAUUAGUCUAUGUCCUCCUUGGGUGCUGGCAUGAGACUGCGGGGCUACCAGAACCAGCAGUGGACGAGGCGACAGAGUCAAGCACGGCCUCGGUACGCAGCGCCGCAUACGCCAAAUCAGGGAGGCAAGCUUUGCUCAUCAAGCGUAACUUACAUCUGCUCGCCGAUAGUAAUGGUGUGCAGACCAUUAUUGAUACACUCAGCGCUUCCCUUUUGAGAGUAUGUGGGGUGGACGCUACACCUGAAGCACAACACGACUCGAAAGAGGCAGAGCGACGUGAGAUUUGGUGUGCGAUGACUGCCGUCUAUGUCUUGCUGGAAGUCGCGCGUGAUGAGGAAAAGACGAAUAACAGCCUCAAACUCAGAAGCGCCAUUCUUGACCUAGAGAAACCAGGUCUUCUUGUGCUUUUCGUUGAUCUCAUCGCGAAAUUACGGUGGGACGAAUCAAUCAACUUGCCGCUUAGCAAGAUCUCACUGCUAGUGUGGAAGGCAAUGCUGGUUACUUUCGGUGGUCUCGCAGAAGUUGGCAAGGUCAAAGAGACUUUCAGAGACACCAACCUCGAGUCAGAGGAUUCCAAGGGUCAGCCGCUCAUCACUGCUUCGCCUCUUGAUUACCAUCUCUUCAGACAGGAGAUAAGCUCCAAGUACCCUGCAUACAAUCCUCCGCUUCCCAUAUUUCCUCUAGAGCCAGAAAACAACUCCAUAUUGCCACCACUCAAGAACCAUCCAAACAAGGUAGCUGGCAACCAUGUGUUCGGUUCUGGCCUUGGAGACACAAACGGCAACAUCACAUCCAUUUUACAUCAGCCGGUUCAUAUCGCAACUCCAGCGCCCUCCCCUCCACCUUCGCCUGCAGGCCCUGGUGGCAAGGGCGGAAAGAAGCAGAACUACCAAACAAAUCAGAUGUUUCCAUUCUUGUAUCCGCCACUCGACGAGUCUAGCAACAAAUUAGGUGGAAAAGGCUCAACCGACCUGCAGGACCUUCUAGUAGGACGCAAGUGGGAGGGCUCGGACAUACCUGCAUCCAUCUUGGAGGCCGCGGAGCUCUUUGCUAAGCGCAUGAAGGCUACGCGUGCCAUGAAGCAGCUAUGGGAAGAGCGUGUUGCAUUCAUGAAAUACGAGCGCGGUUGGACGGGCCCUGAUGAGAAUCCCGAUAUCGAAGAACUGUCACUCGAACCCAAAGAUAAAGCAGCACCACCAAAACUCUCUCCUGGUAGUAAUGAAGAGCGUUUACACCUGGUUGAGGAGUUCUACCGCAUCGCGCUACCCAACUUACAGUCACUGAUCAUCGUGUUGAUCAAAGCCAUCCUUGCGCACGUCACGGCACUCGUCACGCAAUCCAGUGGCGCGAAUGGACUUCAGAGCGGUUUCCAAUUCCAAGACAAUCAGAACGGUACGACAGCCGGGCGGCCUGACAUGAGCGGCAUGGAUGGUCACGGUAACACAUUCGCCACCAAUGAGGAGCUUGAUGCGAUGCGCACACAAGAAGUCCUGGACAAAGCAGUCACAGGCACCUUAAUACUUAUUUUGAAAUGGUUCAAAGUGUCUCACAUCCUGAAGUUUGAGUACGUUACGCAGCUCCUGGUUGAUUCGAGCUAUGUUCCGUUGAUCUUGAAGCUACUACAACUGCAAGAGGUCGAGAAGAUUGUAAAUUUCAAGAGUGAGCAGGAAGAGCUUAACUUUUUCAACUUUUGUCGAACACACUCAAGGAAUUUUUCUGAAGAGGAUUAUAAUGACAGCCACGAAGGAGAGGCACAUAACAGCGAAUCCGACGAAGACGAUGCCGUCCCGCCUCCGAUUCGUCUCUCGAGAGAAGACUCAAACGAAUCAGGAGUCGAGCCAGCCCUUCCACUCGCUCAAUUGCAACUUCCAGAAGUAGAUGAGCUCGGCUUUCCUACAAACGAGUUGCCUAAAGAACCCAUCACCAACUUCUCGUGGCGCGCGUUCUUCACAUCUAUCAACUAUCUCCGCAUUAUGCAGAAGAUCUGCAAGAACAAGGCACAUCGCAAUCUCAUGCUUGUGUCUUACAAGUCUUCGCAGUUCCUUCGCAAGAGUCUAAAGGUACCACAACCGGAGCUGCGUCUGUAUACGCUUAAGCUUUUCAAGAACCAAGUUCCCUACUGUGGUCGCAAGUGGCGACAAUCUAACAUGCGCGUCAUUACUGCAGUAUAUUUGCAUUGUAGACCUGAACUUCGAGACGACUGGCUAGCCGGGAGUGACGUGGAUGCCGAGGUCGACGAGAGCGUGCCGCUCGAGCAAGCUCUGCGAUCACUCACGCACUGGCAUAACCUUAAGCGCUAUCCAGAGAGUUUAGGCGCCAAACCUGGCGUUCUGGAGGAGGAACAAGACUUCUUCCGAAACGAACUCGAGAAAAUGGACUGGGGUGAUGAGGCUGGGAAUGAAGGCGAGCUUGAGCAUGGCUGGCCAGAUCUUCAGGUUGAGGGUUGGUGA